AAUUUUACAGCACUGCAGGCGACAGCGUUGGCGCCCAUGGGGUUUCAUUUUAUUGCUAAGAGUCAUAAGAAACAACUACCUCUCAGCACCCUCUUUAGAAUUGGAAUUGACUCGAUCAUUCUCGCGCAGGGACGCAUGAAAUGUGUACUCUUAUGAACAACCCAAAGCUUAAUAUUCUGGUGAAGUCACUAUAUCUAAUCAACUCGUCACCAGGGGACCAUCCCAGCCGGGGACCAAGGGCACCCAAAUUACUCCCACUAAACAAACAGUGUAUCCUUUCAACGCCGGCGAUGCGUCUCACACACACGCACUCUAUAUAUACCUGUAUGCCAGGUCCUUGCUGGCCCGAUUACUCGUACUUUUAAACACCACUGCCCAGCCCGCUGUUCCAAAAUCCAAACGUGAAACCCCUGGUAUCGUAGAAGUACUGGUUCAAAAGAAGG